ACUCACUCAUCUCUCUCCUCUCUCUCUCUCUCUCUCUCUCUCUCUCUCUCUAAAAACUCUCUCUCUACCUGCAAUGCGACAACCGGCGGCCAAGAAUCCUUCGUUGUCGGCGUUUUCAACUUACUGACGACGGAAUGCACCUCUUAAAUCUCUUUUAGUCUCUCUCUCUCUCUCUCUGUCUCUAUAUAUAUAUAUAUAUACACCCCUAUAUUUCUUCAUCUAUUACAAAAAAAUCCUCAUUUCUAUGGCGGUUUCUCUCUAUAACUACGCUUAUUUUCUCGCUAGUUUUUAUUUUUUGAUUCAUUGAUUAUAGUUUCAGCUCUUGAGAGGUCUUUCCAUAUAUAUAGCAUUGAAGAAUUUGAGUAGCGAGUGAGAGUCGAUGAUGCUGGACCUGAAUCUCACUGCUGUUGCGACAGAUUCCAUCUCCGAUGGUCUCGAAGCUGUUACAGAGAAGUUUCUAGAACUCUCCGGAGUCCAUAUGGAUGAUUCAGGAACUUCCAAUUCCUCCAUCAUCAAUCUCGACACCUCGAGCACCAACCUCGGCGACGAAGAGUUCUCCUCCUCUCAUCUCUACAGCUUCGAUAUAUUGAAAACCACCGAAUGCGAAGAAUACAAUAAUGGCGUUCCACAAACUAAACAGCUUUUUCCAGUUAACGGCGAAGGCGGAGAAGAUGCGUCGUCUUGCCAGCAGCGCCAGUGGUUGGAUCUUUCGGUUGUGGCCGGGAAUUCCGGUGGUCCGAAAGAGGAGAGGGGUUUGGUGGUGCCACAGCAGAGACAGCAGGUGAGGAAGAGUAGGAGGGGACCGAGAUCUCGGAGCUCUCAGUAUCGAGGAGUCACGUUUUAUCGGAGAACUGGGCGAUGGGAAUCACAUAUUUGGGAUUGUGGAAAACAAGUGUAUCUGGGGGGAUUCGACACUGCACAUGCCGCAGCUAGGGCAUAUGAUCGAGCUGCAAUUAAGUUCCGUGGAACUGAUGCAGAUAUCAAUUUUAAUAUCAGUGAUUAUAAUGAAGAUUUUCAACAGAUGAAGAAUUUGACAAAGGAAGAAUUCGUGCAUGUACUUCGUCGCCAGAGCACCGGAUUCUCUAGGGGUACUUCAAAAUACAGGGGUGUUACACUGCACAAAUGUGGACGAUGGGAAGCUCGAAUGGGGCAGUUCCUUGGCAAGAAGUAUAUCUAUCUUGGGUUGUUCGACAGCGAGGUGGAAGCUGCAAGGGCUUAUGACAAGGCUGCAAUAAAAUGCAAUGGAAGGGAAGCGGUGACCAACUUUGAGGCAAGCACAUAUGAAGAGGAGUUAAGCUCUGAGAUUGAGAAUGGAGGAAGCAGCCAUAAUCUAGACCUCAACUUGGGUAUUUCUACCCCUUAUUUUGCUAAUGGCCAAAUGGGAAGCAAUGACUUGAGCAGUGGUUUACAUUUGCAGAGUGAUUUGAGCAAUAUGCAUGCUGAGAACUCCGUUACAACAAUGGGAAUUCAACCACCUCAUGGCCAAAUAAUGGUUUCUGAGCACCCUCCUCUCUGGAAAGGUGUAAAUUCCCAUGCCGUUCCCAUCUAUGAGGGAAGAGCAAUAGAGAAUAGUAUGGAAUUUGAUUCUUCACCGAGCUGGGCAUUGCAAUUCCAAGGCCCAUUUGGUGGUGACGUUCCACUGCCACUCUUCUCUACUGCAGCAUCAUCAGGAUUCGCUACUUCAACCAUCGCUACUUCAUCGGCUGCGGUUUACCAACCUUGGUUUCCAACUACAACAAUCCCCCACAACCAUUACUUUCCAUCGGUCAUCGAUUCUAACAACAUAUCUCAGUACUACUGCAGGAGCUGAAACCACAAUCAGGUGAGAACAGAACUACAAUCCAAAUAUUCUUGAACUGGAAGAAAUUGAAUUGGCAAACAAACCAAGCUAGGAUUGUAGUUGAGAUUGAUUGUUUUACAUGAGACACUAGAUUGAUUGUCUUUGCUGUUGUACAAAUCUUGCUAAUUUUGCUUAUCUUUGCCUUAAACGGCAUGACAAAUUGCUUCUUCUCUGAGAACACAUCAUUUGCUGUGUUAAUGUGACCAAAAUGCUAAUGCCUUUAUAUUCUCAUUGUGGCCUCAGAGAGGCAUGGGUUAUGCAAAAUUUUUCAGACGCCGAAAGGGUAGGGAAUACUAACAUCUGAUUGUACUU